AUCUUUACGCGUUUAACUAUAAAACAAACAAUUUAAUUUACUGAUUACAACAACAAAAAAAAUCACUUAUUGAGCCGCUAGAUGUGAUCUCAUUUAUCAUUAAUAUUUAGGUAAAUUAUACCACAAGCAAUUAAAGGGAGAUUUACAAAACAUAAGUAUCAUAAUAGCCUCUAGUGCUCCACAAAAGAGCGAAAAAGAGCUUUGGUUUCGGGACCGCAUGGCGUUGUUGAACGCAAAACUGUUACAGCACCCUUUGUAUUUAGAAGCUUCGAUUACUGCACGUCUAUCAGUACAAUACGAGCAAAAUUCCUUACUGAAAUAAUGAUUUCCCUAGCUAGAGGGACUACAUUUUCCAUGGCUUCAUCAAUACGAUAUCUUCACACUUCACGAAUAGCCAGAGGAGAGAUUAAUGUGCUGGGAAAAACAAUAAACUAUGAGGAAGUAGGCAAUGGAGGCCAAGUGCUUUUAUGCUUACCAGGAGCACUAGGUACUAUCAAAUCAGAUUUUGGUCCACAGCUGAAGAGCCUCCCCAGUAAGCAUUUACGGCUGGUGGCUUGGGAUCCUCCUGGCUAUGGCAAAAGCAGGCCUCCAAACAGAGACUUUAACUUUGACUCUUUGCGGACAGAUGCUAUCACGGCUGCUGUUAUGAUGAAGAACCUUGGUUACAAGAAAUAUUCAUUACUUGGAUGGAGUGAUGGGGGUAUUACAGCCAUGUUGCUUGCAGCUGGCUUCACACAGCAUGUUGAAAAAAUGGUUAUAUUUGGAGCAAAUGCAUAUAUUACUAAAGAAGAGACAGAAAUCUGCAAAGAUUUGCGUGAUAUUGACAACUGGUCUCCAAAAAUGAGAGCACCAUUAGAGGCAAUUUAUGGUAGAGAUUACUUCAAAAAUGCCUGGGAAUCAUGGGUAGACACAUAUAUAGGAAUCUAUCAUGAGCGGGGUGGAGAUCUUUGUAAAAAUGAUCUUGCUAACAUUGUUUGUCCAACCCUUAUUGUACAUGGCAUCCAAGAUCCUGUUGUGCCCAUUGAACACCCAUAUUAUCUGCAUGAAAAUAUCCAAGGCUCAGAAUUGAUCCUAAUGGAAAAGGGAAAACACAAUCUGCAUCUACGGUAUUCAGAAGAUUUCAAUGCCUUAGUGCUCAAGUUUCUUAACAAAUGAGAGAAAUAUUUUUAAAUUAAGUAAUUUUUCAUCUUAACCCAAUGAGCAUGGAUGGCAAGACUUCAAUGCCAUGCCCACUGUAAUAGAAGUUUUAUAUAUUGUCUUUACACAUAGAUGGCUCUCUAAGUACUUAGUCACCAAGGAGUUACCUAUCUCAUCAGUUUACCCUUUUCCUUCAUUAUUUGAAAGAUUCUAUUAUUUGAUGUCUUUGAUGUUAUUAAUAUUUUAAUAACAAUUUAAUACUCAUAAUAUCAAUAAGAAUGAUAACAAUGUCAAUAUUAGUAGUACUGCAAAGAAAAACGCAUUUUCCCGCCAAUUCAAGGAAUAGGGAAAUCAGGAUCAGUCACUAGGGCUAACUUAUAGUUUCUUGCUGCUGUGCACACUAUGAGCCAUCUGUAAAAUCUCACUAAAAUCUAAAGGGGAUAUUAAAUAUGCCCGCUGACAUUGGGUUCAGAAAUCAAUGUCUGUAACAGUGCUCUUCAACAAUAUUAAUCCUUUCCCUGAGACACAUUGAAAUCAUCUGCUUUCCCAGUGUGAUGCGCAAUAUCUGUAUUUUUUAAAUAUCAUUUGUACCAGUUUUGAAUAUUCCUUCUUAUAGCAUAUGUGCAUACAAUUACUUGUAAAAUAAAUGUAUUUUACAGUAUUCCUUAUGAGGAAAAAUGUUUAUAUUUCAA